AUGGAUGAUUUGGAUCACAGCAUGCACAUUGCCCAGUUCGACUGGACCAGCUUCUACGACGAGAGUGAAGAGUGCGGCCUGCUGCAGCCUUCGCUCGCCUGCCUCGACAACUCCAGCCUCAGCGAUGAAGAGGAUUCGGAAAACUCUGGUUCAGUCCUCAGGGCAGUUCAGCAGGAGAUACAGCAGAGCCCUGAUGUGACCAGAGCCGAGGGGGACGCUGCAGGAGGGGAGGCACUGAAUGAGAGUGAACAAGUGGCGAGUGGGACACGGGUGGACUCUGAGAGAUGCCUAGAAAAACUCAGCACAAAGGAGGUGCAUGCAAAGACUGCAGAGGACGACACGGAGGAGACACAUGACAACAUUGCUCUGUGCACUGAAACUUCAUAUUUCCAGGGUUCAGGAGAUUGCAAUGAGCUGAAGAAAGAGGACGGGGAUCUGCAAACAGAAUUAAAGAAUUCCAGACGUGAACCUGACCCACAGUUUCUCAAGCAAGUGGAUUUAAACAGGAAUAAUCCACAUAGUACAGCUGUGAGUGACACGAGCAGUGUCACUUCCAGAGCAGAGAAGGAGCGCUGGUUUGUGACCAUGAAUUACAGUCCUGAAAGACGACUGGGGCGUGCCACCUCUGUGAAAAAAAAACGACGACAAAGAAAAGCUUGUAGAACUAAUCGCCUGUGCAACAACACGCAGGAGAAAUCUCUUGAAAAUGGACCAGAGUUUGACUCAAACCAGGAUAAAAAUGAAUCUGCAGGAGGGACGGACAUGGAGGGCUUCACUAAAUCUGACCAAACCUGGCAUCAGAGCACUGAUAGAAAUGCUGAGAGCCUUUCAGAUGUGUUGCAAAUGACUCAUACAGAAAAAAAUGUGUCCGAAAAACUGGUUCUCUCUCAUUCCGUCGAAGAAUCUGACAAAAAGGAAGAAGGCACCUCAGCAUCCACGUCACAUGAAACAUUCACACCCAGAUACCCAUCGCCAGUGGAGAGUGAAGAAUCAGACGAGUUUGAAGAUGGUGUUGACUUCUUCUCCAUCCACAGUUAUGACUCUGAGAGCUAUUUGUCUGCUGCUGAAUCACUGGAGGAAUCUCAGCAGCUUCAGCCUGUGGGGUUAAUGCGGCUGCAGAGCUUUGUGUCCCUGACGCUGCAGACUGAGAGAGCAAAUGAUGACAGUGCACAGGACGGACAAAUGCAGGCAACUCUCUCCUGCAAGGUAGCAGCCGCUAACUGUGACAAUUACGAGUGCAAUGAUGAGGCCGCACUGACUUUUCCAUCUGCCGGCCAGAGAGCAGACAAAAUGCCAGAUGACGACUCCACAUGCGAUGUUAGUACACACAGCACGGCGCUCCACACGCUCUCGGACACAACAGGAGUCCACGAUGACAAAAUUAAUCUUUCAGCAUCUGGUAGCUCUUUAGGAGAUCAGCUUGGUCCCCUCCCUAUCCCUGAUCUGACUGUAACACCGUGCCCUGUGGCCGACAGCCCUGAAUCCUACGCUGUGGCUGCAGGCCACACCAAGCCCGUGUACGCCAUGUGUGCCUUCUGGGACGAAAUGGAGAAACUGACGAUAAAUGACAUUUUGCAGCUCAGGAUGGGCAGAAGCUCGCCUCCCACUGACACACGGGAAACACUGACAGCAAAUGCUGACGAGUCUCUGACAAGUCACAGCUCUCUGGGUGACUGUGGUCUCAUGGAGCUGUCGGACACGGCUGAUUCAGACUAUUGCACACAGCCUGACGAGUCCAAGCCAGAUCGCUCCAGCUGCGAGUUCUCCACCUCAGACUUUGAAGAGGAGUACUUGCAGUUUAUUGGCGCCAGUAGGAACCCCAGUCCUGAUCCUCAGAGCAAAACCCACGACAGGACGAGUGACUCUCCUCUGCUAUCACAUGAGGAGGAGGAGUCCAAUUGCUCUGAGGGAAAGGAGACGCCCGUCCCUUUGGAGGACUUUGCAGGACAGUUCUUUGAGGAUCAGGAGUCACGUACUUUGAGCAAACUGUUGUGGCCGAGACAAAUGACAAAAAGUAAAAGCGUGCACAACGUACAAGCUCUCAACAGAGAGGAUUUGACGGUUCCCUUUGGAGGUGAUGAGAGCAGUCUGUUUCUCAGCGGGUGUCAGUCUCUGGAGAUCAGUGGUGACCUGGGAACACUUCUGCCGACCUCUUUUCCCGACACAGAUCCUCAAAUAUCCUUCCCAGAAAUGUUUGAAUACCUUUUCACAGAGUAUAAAGUAAAGAAUGACUCCUGGUCCGUCACUGUCUACAAUCGUGAGGGCAUCUCAGUGUCUCCUCUGUUUGACUCCACCCUUUGCUCGUUGAGGGACGAUGUGUCUCUCGCUUCUCUCCGGCGCAGCGAGGACAAACCCAUCCCUAUCUUCUCCUGUUGUUCUCCGACCGUCAGAGAACUCACAUUCCCAAAAUCGGACCAUGUAUUCUUGAGUGCAGACUGCGAGGCAGAGGAGGAGGUGGGCAACUUCUCUCCAAUCAGAGUCAUGUCUCACUCUUACCUCCGGGCCAAUCAGUGUGGGGCGUCUGCAGCGGCCGCAGCCCGGUCUCACAGCUGGAGGAGUUUGCUGUCCAUGAGGAAGAUUCGCUUCCAUGACAAAGGUAGCAUGUGGUGCGGGGGUUCGGGCGCCUGGGUGUUUCCAGUGGAGGCUGACAAGAUGGAGGGCAAUGAUCCACCAGUCACUGUGUUGACUGAGGGGAUAGUCGCCUUGACUCCAUCUCAGAUGUUCAGAGAGCAAACAGAGCUGCAGAGCAUUCUGGGAAGUCUGCAGACAACAAGACGAGAGGGCAUCUUCUCCACACUGAAGCAGUCUGAUAUGUGUUUGGUCUGCAUUGCCUUUGCCUCCUGGGUGCUGACAUCUUCUGAUCCAGAGGCAGCUGAUGCCUGGAAAGCAGCUCUGCUGGCAAACGUGAGCGCGCUCUCAGCCAUCCAGUAUCUGCGGCACUAUGUGAAGAAGAAGAGACCUCACUGAGACCAUCCCUGAUACAUAAUGUACAAAACAAGUCAAUAAGUCAUUUCCAAGCACUUUUCACCUGGGUCCAUCUAUAUAAACCAUACUGUUAUAGUGUAUGCAUUGGUUGCAUUGGAGGUCAAAUACAGCAUGUUCUAGUUAGUGAGCAGAUUUGAAAUGUUUCAGCCUCAAACCAGUUGGACAGAUGAUACACUGAUGUACAAUAUUAUUGAAAUGAAGAUAACGAUUAGAAACAUGAAAUAUAAAGGUUAAACUAUUAAAAUAAGAUAUAUGUAAUUUAAGUAUAAAAACGUUUGUUGGCAGACUGAAGAUUUUUAUUUUCAAUAGGAAAGAAUGAGUAUGGGGAUGAAGUGCCAAAGGCUGGGUUAGGAGCACAUAGUUGCUUUCUGUGUUUGUGUGGGAUUUGUUAUACACUGUCCUUUAAGAGUUAAAAACAUUUCAGCUGCAUUUGGAACUAAAGUUUAACAGCUCUGGACAAACUGACGUAGACUUACGGACCAUAAUGUCAGCAAAGGAGCUCAUUUGUUUUUAACAUGUAACAUUGUGCCUCAAUCAUGGAUCUGUAUGUUAAACAGCUGCCGUCAUGCUAAGAUGUAACAGCAGCGUGUAGGUUUGUGAUAAACUGCUGCCAGAGUGUGUGUGCGCUGUCUUUGUAGAAAAUGAAAAUGGGGAUAAAAUCCUGAAGGAAAGUUCUGAUGCAGAUGUUGAUCUGGUUGUAAGAAAAGAUGAAGAAUGUGACUAUUGGAGCGGUGUGGGAAUUGAAGGCUUCGUCUGAAAGUGGUUCAGUGCCCCUUUUAUUCAAACCCGUGGGUGUGAGAUGUGAACAGAUUGAGGAGUUUUAUCAUGUUUAGGACAUUUGAAUGAUGGAAAGUAACACUGUACUAUAUUAAGUAUAUUAAAGGUAAUUCUCUGCAGAUUAUAUUCUUUUGUUGCUUAGAUUAAUGUCAGGACUGAUGUCAGAACACAUUUCAAGCUGAAUUAUUUUCUCAGUGGUAGCUUUGACUAAUUAUCUAAUUAAUGGCCUGAAAAUGGAUUUUGUGUGAAAAAUUAAAAAGAAAACAGAUCUUGUUUGAAUAAUGAAUAUCUUAUCAAACA